AUGCUGGUGUGCUGGCCAGAGAACAAGGUCCCUAUCGUCAUGAGCUACCGCACAGAAGGUCUUCUUGUCCAGACAGCGUCCUCCGACACACACUUGUGCAACAGGCUGGGCACGGGGGAGACCAAGUGUAUAAUGUCCAUAGGGCUUUCAGCAGCUCCCAGCGAUGAGGGUCAUCGGAGCGUGUCCUCCUUGGACGGCCCGUGGACUGACGUGCCGGACCACAUGCUGCUCCUCGACGUCUGCUGCGGUGACUUCUUUACCUGCGGGGUCCGAGCAAACGACAGCUCGGCAGUCUGCUGGGCCUCGGGGUUCUCGGACAUGUCGAAGCCUCCAGUGGUAGACGGAGGGUUCGAGUCGAUCAGCUGCGGUCCAGCUCAUGUGUGUGCGAUACGCAAGACGUCAAAGGAGGUCGUCUGCUGGGGGGAUGAGGAAGGCGGAAAGGCACACCCACCAGCUGGACCUUUCCUGGAAGUGAGCUGUGGGAGCAGCCACACGUGUGCGAUCUCCACCCAGCAUGACGCCGUCUGCUGGGGAUCGAACGAAGGGACGGGCGAGCUGGAAGGCGUGUACUUGGGGCAAUCGGACCCUCCUCUUGUCAAACUUUCCAAGAUCGCCGCAGGAGAGAUGCACACGUGCGGGAUCCUGUUGGGUACUUCGGAGGAGCUCCGGGACAGCUUCCUCCCCAACGUCGUCUGCUGGGGAUCAGACCGCAGGCUGCAGGCAAGGCCUCCUCAACUCAAGUUCAAAGAGAUCUUUGCGGGGAACCUGCACUCGUGCGGGGUGACUGAGGUCAAAGAUGUGCUUCUCUGCUGGGGGGAGAACUCGCGCAACUCAAAGUACAGGGAGACUCAAGAGGGCCCUUCGAGGCAUGCGGUGAAGUUGUCACUCUGUGGAGGCAGGAGCGAAGACGAACUUGAGGUGCACGACGUUGGUUUCCUCGCAAUCGCGCAAUCGCAUGGCAACAACGUGGUGGACGGGAGGAGCUACCUCCUCCUGCAUCAUGCCGUGUCACCCCAGGACGCACCUCUCCUGCUCACGGUCGCUACCUCUCUAGUGGGAUCCUGGCCAGAUGUCGACGUGAACAUCUCAGCGGCAGCGUUCCGAUUUCCUGCCGAGGAGAUGUCGCUCUUGGAGGUGACGUUACAUGUCAACGGUUCUCCGUCAUUGGUACGAGUAGAGAAUGCCAGAGGCAGCAGCUUCGUCCGGCUGGAUGCAGUGAAGGAACACCUCCGACCGGGUAGGAACGAGAUCAGCGUCGCACCUUGGACUCGUCGCGGCUCCUUCUUCCUUCCGAUGCCCUGUCUGCUGCCCCUGCUGCUCCUGCCCCACCGGAUCUCGAUCCAAGUCCUCGAGCCCCGCAACCACUCGUACCUUUAUGCUGCUGAGUGUCGAGGGGCCCAGGAAUGUGACGCUGGGGGUUUGGUGGUGAGAGUGAGAGUGGAGAGCGAGAGCUCGUUGAGCGACUGGGGUCUGAGCCUGCAAGUUCAACUCGACGGGAUGGAAGUGGGCAAGGAAAGGUUGACAGGUGCAGGGAAGGGAAUGGAGAUGGAGGUUCGUUUGAACCGUUUGCAUGAAGUGGGAUGCAGGCAUCGUAUCCUUAGCGUUGGGCUGAUCGAUGAGAAAUUCCGGCCGCUGCUCUCUUCAGGUCAAGAGAUUCAUCUUUGGCAAUGCCAGGACACCGGAGAGAGAGAUGUUCAAUGCAUUGACAGUGAGCAACAUGAUGUUUGUUGCAAUGUCCACGUUAGAUUCGAUCAUUUGUGCGAGGAUGAUGAAGAGAUCGGGGUGCCGAACAGCAAACACUUUUGCUCGCCCCCGAACAGGCUCUGGUUGAAAUCUUUGCAGGUCGUGAGAAGGUCAGCAUAUCACGCGGAUGUUUCAGAGGUCCCUUUCAAGUCAUGUAGAUCUCAAAAACAAUUUCAUCAUGUUGCUGGGGACAUCAAAGUCUUUGGGUUUGUGCUCGUCUUCGCGCAAGGAUCUGAUUGGUAUCCGGAGAUUCACUCCAAACUCUCGACCCUCCUCCGCCUCCCUCUCAUGUUGGCGCUGCAGCGCCUGGAAGUUCAUCUCGUGGGACCCUUCGCAGAUGUAGCAGAGAUACUGUUGCAGAGCAUGAUUGCAGAUAUGAGCGUCUCAGCCGUCAUCGAUAUCAGGAGAAGGCAGGAAGAACAGGUUGGAAGCUUCUUGAACUCGCAGGACCAGUUUCUCAACAGGAUCCAUGAGUUCUGCUCUUCUAGAGACUUCGGACGAGAUUCCUUCUUGUUUUCAACCACCAUAGGUACCUAUCACCUUCACUCUCGCUCCUCCUUCCAUCGCGCGCAUGACUGGAAAAUCUUGACCGACCCGAUCCCCUGCAUCGAGGCCCUUCAGGAUGGCGCCGACGUCUGUGCUGACAGCCUCCUCGUCUCUCCUCUCCUCGCCCUGUCACACCACACGUGGUGGACUUCUCCCCUCCACGUCCAGACCCUCCUGAGCCCCGACAAUGCCUUGCAGCCCGAGUUGCUCGAGUGGCGGCAGGACAGCGCAGGCGCAGACUGGCUCCUGAGCAGGUGGAGCACACGUCUGGUGCAUUUGGUGUGGGCAGCCUCCUGCAGCUGCGAGGAGGAGAAGAUUCCUUGGCUGGAGGAGGAGGAGAAGAAGUUACACAUCCUCUCUCCCACGAUGAUGGAGUCUACGUCCUCGAUGGUGCUUGACCUAGUUGUUGAGGUUGACGCGGCUGUUUUCAGCGAGCAGGGGAGGAGCGUCGGUGUCAUGCUGUACGACAAGGAUCACGCUUCCUCUUACUUCGAGACCUCUCUCUCCCCCUCUGACUGCAGGCUAGCUGACCAUCCUCUCCGCUCUACCUGCCACCAGGUUCUGAACUUGCAGCGUCUUGCCACAGUCCAGCACUACAACCCGACCCGGCCCGUCGUACUGCUCCUAUACAGCCAGAUGAACGGCGGCGUAUCACAUGAGAGGUGGUCGGCAAAGAUGCUCUUCUUUGUGAGGUUUCUGGAGGACGGCGAUCAGCGCUCAGGGUCUCCCGUGCAGGAGGAGGAAGGUUGGAUGGCAAGAACCAGCAUGUUCCUACGCAUUGCAGGCGCUCCGAGCCCGGGGAGGCGAUUCUCCUUUUACAACUGCACGUCGAGGAAAGUGACGAGGUACUGCAAGUUUGAACAUGUUGAGUAUGUCCGAGACGCGCUGCAUGGGAGGAUUGAGGUGGACGGAGGGGACGGCGCGGAAGUCAGCUCCCUUCCUCCAAGGCUCCUCCUCGUUCAUGCCCUCCAGUGCUGCCCGCAAUGGCACUUUGCUGUUCCCGUCGAGCACGUGAGGCGGCAAGCAGAGCAGCAGUGUGACUUGUUCAUCGCAAAAGAUGCCUACAUGUUUGGGGUGUUGAACAUCAUGCAAUACGGGCAUCUCUUGCACGAGACGUUUUUCGCGCUCUUCCACACCAUCUUGACGUUCAGCGGGUCAGACCAGCAGAACCUAGAGGAAAGUGUGUUUGAUGACGUCAUCCUGAUCUCAGACGUGAUCGACGCUGACAAGAGCCUCAAAAAGUUCUCGUUCCUCCUCUCUACCCUCUCCAACCAUCCAUGGUUCACCUUCAGCACCCUGCGCACAGCUGGGCGACGCGUCUGCUUCCGCCAGCUGGUGGUCGGUCUAUCGGAUGGGAUGAACAUGUUUGCCACGGAGGAGACUGUGAAGGAGGACAAGACUAGCUCUCCCAUCCCCAACUACAGAGAUGUGCAGAUGUUGAGGAGCAGGGUCCUGAAGUUCGUGGAGACUGCGGGGAGGAGGAGGAAGAGCGGAGGCGAGAGGGUGGUGGCCUUCGUUCAUCGCUCGGAGGAGCUUACGUCGAGGAGGGGCAUCUUCAACCUGGACCAGCUUGUUCGAUCCGUCGAGUCUCUCAACUCUCGCGUCAUGAUCAUCGAGUUUGAGAAGAUGAGCCUAGUAGAGCAGGUCGAGGUUGUGCAGGACGUCGAUGCCUUGGUUGGCGUCACUGGCACGGGCCUUUGGAAUGCUCUUUGGAUGAGGAGAGGAGCGGCAGGAAUUCAAAUCUUCCCCUUCGGAGUCGGGUACAAAGGAGGCAGGGAGUUCGAGAACGCUAUUCGCUACGGUCCAGGGGAAUACAGAUCGAUUCACUGCCAUCGUUUCUUCAAGAACAACAUCUACACCCUCAAGGACUGGAAGUAUGCAUGGAGCACAUACUACGGUCAGGACGCCAUCGUAGUGGACGCGGCGGCACUAGAGGCGAUCCUCGUGUCGUUGCGGGGGGUUGAUGAGGACGAAGAUGACCAGAGUUGGGAGGCGAGCGACCAGAACUAG